AUGGAGAUCCCUAUCAUAGACUUCGGUGAGAUCAAUGGUGAAGGGAGGAGCAAGACAAUGGCUCUUCUGCACCAAGCGUGCGAGCAAUGGGGCUUCUUUCAAAUUGACAACUAUGGAAUCGACAAAAAGCUGAUGGAAAAAGUGAAGCAAUUGGUAAAUGCACACUAUGAGGAGAAUUUGAAAGAGAGCUUUUAUCAGUCAGACAUAGAUAGAUGCUUAGAGAAAGACGAUGAUAUCUCUGACAAAGACUGGGAAACCGCCUUUUAUGUGUGGCAUCUCCCCACAUCUAACAUUGAAGAGAUUCCAAAUAUCUCAGAGGAUUUUUGCAAGGCAAUGAACGAGUACAUAGCUCAACUGAUCAACCUGGCAGAGAAACUCUCCGAGCUCAUGUGUGAGAAUCUUGGUUUGGAGAAGAAUGACAUCAAGAAAGCAUUUUCAGGUAGCAAGGGUCCUUGUGUCGGGACAAAAGUUGCGAAAUAUCCCAAGUGCUCUCAGCCAGAGCGUGUGAGAGGACUGCGAGAGCACACUGAUGCCGGUGGAAUCAUACUCAUGCUCCAAGAAGACCAAAUUCCGGGACUUGAAUUCUUCAAAGAUGGCAAAUGGGUUCCGAUUCCACCAUGCAAGAAGAACACCAUCUUUGUGAACACAGGUGACCUAUUGGAAGUGCUGACUAAUGGAAGGUACAAAAGUACAGUGCACCGUGUUAUGACAGACAAAGAUGGAAGUCGGCUCUCCAUUGCUACCUUCUAUAACCCUGCCGGAGAUGCCCUUAUCUCUCCGGCUCCCAAACUCUUAUACCCCAAUAGCUUCCGGUUUCAAGAUUACCUCAAGCUUUAUGCCACCACAAAGUUCAAUGACAAGGGCCCUAGAUUUGAAACCAUGAAACAAAUGGCCCAUAAUGGGAACAAUGGUUUCCAUACCUAA